GCUGCUGCAAAAAGUCUGUCUCCUAUUUGCUCAGGGAAGCCCACCAGAGAGUCCACGUGGUGAAUGUUGUCAGCCACGAAUAGCAGAGUGAUGUCAAAGAGAGAUUUUGUUGUGUAUCUCAGACUUCCCUCUGCAUUGUAGGUGAAUAUGAAGUGCUCCUUUUUCAGCACAAAGGGAUUUGUCCUUCUGCAUGAUGAUGAUGAUGAUGGCGAGGAUACAGGCUUUGGAUGUGCCAGGACUAUGUCACUGACACGACGAAGGCUGCCUCUCUCUCGGACAUAAACGGUGCUAUUGUCCAUGAUGAGGCAAGACUGUCAGAUCAAAUUACUCGGGAAAGGUGCAGCAUUCUUUUGGUUGAUAACUUCCGGAGACAAACUUCGUUUAAAUGGCGACUAACAAGGAUCCAUUUGAAUUUCAAGAUUUUGAAGAAGCUGGAAACCUGUUGGAAACCAACAGAGAUGCAAUCACCAUAAGCAUUGAGGAUGAAGAAAGUAGACCUGAGAGGCAGCAGAAAAGAGCUGCUGGUUACUCUCCUGCUGGGGAUGAGGAGGACCUCCUUGCCAGUGAUGACAAGGCAGAGCUUCUUUCUGGGCAAAAGAAAAGCGUCCCCUUCUGGACGUUUGAGUACUACCAACAGUUUUUUGACAUCGAGACCCAUCACGUGAAGGAAAGGAUCAUUGGAUCAGUACGACCAUGGCCUAUGAAGAACUUUAUUCAUGUGCACCUUCGGCGGAAUCCCGAUCUUUAUGGACCAUUUUGGAUUUGUACCACUCUCGUGUUUGCCAUUGCCAUCAGUGGAAACAUAUCCAACUUCCUGGUACACCUUGGCAAACCAAACUACAAGUACACCCCAGAGUUUCGAAAAGUGACCAUUGCUGCAACGGCCAUUUUCAGCUAUGCUUGGCUGGUGCCUCUUGCCCUCUGGGGUGUCCUGUUGUGGAGAAACAAUAAGGUUGUGAACGUGGUGUCAUAUUCCUUCAUGGAGAUUGUCUGUGUGUACGGAUAUUCCCUCGCCAUUUACAUUCCAGCCGUGGUCCUGUGGAUUCUGCCGUAUGAAUGGCUGAGGUGGUGCUCCAUCGUGAUCGCUCUCUGUCUCUCCGGCUCGGUGCUGGUGUUGACUUUCUGGCCUGCGGUCAGAGAUGAUCACCCCAAAAUCAUCAUAGCAAUCCUGUCAACCAUCGUCCUGCUCAAUGUACUACUCGCAGUUGGAAGCAAGGCCUAUUUUUUUAGCAAACCAGAACCAGUGCUAGAAGCUGAAAACUCUCCUGCAGCAGUGGUGAUCAAGUCAACGUCUUCCACAUGAAAACUCGUCAUUGUUUGAAGGCUCUCCUGUUGCCUUAUUAGAGAGAAUCAGGUUGCUUUGGAGAUGAAGUCAUGGGUCGUCUGGAUUUCACCUGCACUUGGACGUUCUGGCUGAAGUGUGUGUGCUUGGUUCAACUGCGUGACCUCUGAAAAUGAACACUGGAACCAAGUAUGUGGCUUCUAACAGGAUGGCUUCUAAACUUUCUGGAAGACAAAUGGGAUAUGGUGUUACACGGCACAGUGGGACUCUUUUAGUGUGUUAGUUUUCUUCUUGAUGAGUCUUUUGUUAAAAUACAUAGAUAGUAGUCUGUGCAGUGGCAUCAAAUGUGUUUUGUAUAUGCAUUUUUAUAUUGUGUGAAUGGGAACUGGAAAGUAUACUCUGUGUAAAGAAUUCGCUAUAUAAACCACAUUAAGUGUAGCAGUAUGUGAUAUACUGAAGUCUUAUUUUGUACAAAAGGACGUUGUAUAUUUUCUGUCUGAUAUCGCCUAAGUGUCCUCGACUAAUGCCAAAGACUUUGUGUAAAUGUCUAAGGUAUUAAAAAGUGAUUUAACACGAUUUUUUAAUGAGUUCCCUCUUGUUUUGACAAACUGUUUAAUACAUGGUAUUUGAUUUGUCCAUUCUCUAUGAGUGUUACUUGGGGAAAAAGGUACAACUUUUCCAUUUUGGACCCAAUGUUAAUAAUAAAAUCAUCUUUGUAAACAACAAUCGUAUUACUGGUCAACCUGUAGUUGAUUUUGAAACACAAAUAAACUUUUAAUCAGA